CAAUAAAAUGGUGCAACUGAAAAAAAAAAACGCUACUUCACGGGCCCAAAUCACUAGUAUAAUAGAAAGCCCACUUACGAGUCCAUUGAAGACUUAACGACACAAUUGAAGAUGAGUAGCUUGGAGGCAUGUGCUUUAUGUGUUGGGAAUCCGUUGGAUAGCCCCAAAUCAACGUCGUGGAUACAGUGUGAUGUAUGCAAGAAAUGGUAUCAUGCCAUUUGCACCAAACUCACCCAACCCGAGAUAAAGAAUCUAAACACAUACCAUUGUCAAGUGUGUUCUGCCAAACAUGGCGAAUCGUCAUUCCGAAGGAAACUGAAGAGGGCUAGAGUUCAAAUCGAUUAUGUUGCUCUUAAUGAAGGUGAAACAUUUGCAAUUGAUAAGGCAAAUCAUCAUCAUGUAUACAAUUUCCUAAACUUCGAGCCUGAUGCAACCAGCGAAGAAAAGACCCCAUAUAUAGAAGUGCUAGAGUCUGAAAAAUUGAAUAAAGAAUACGUGCUCAGGACCGAGUUACCGAAGCCGGUCCUUAUACCACAAGUUGACUUGGAAAAAUCAGGAAUGAAAUUGCCAGCUCGCCGUGAAGAAAUCAGCGUUCAGUACAUAGAAGAUAAGGUAGGCGGUGACACUCCAGUUGAAGUGAUGGAUGUUCUCACCCAGCAGGGGGUUCUGCCCGGUUGGAACAUGAGUAAGUGGAAAGAAUAUUUCUAUACCGAUGCAGAAAGUAGAGAUCGAAUUCGAAAUGUGAUCUCGUUGGAAGUAUCCCAGGUUGACGAUAUAGGAAAAGCAUUUUCCCGACCCAAUGUUGUGAAAGACUUGGACUUGGUGGAUAAAGUCUGGUCAUACGGAGAAAAGAACCAACCCCGUCCUCAAGUGACAAAGUACUGUUUAAUGUCAGUCAAAUCAUCUUACACUGAUUUCCAUCUAGAUUUCUCAGGCACUUGUGUUUACUAUACGGUAUGCAAGGGCAAGAAGACUUUUCUAUUGUACCCUCCAACCGACCUCAACUUGUAUUUAUACACGGCAUGGUGUCAAGAACCCCAUCAAAACUUUACGUGGUUUGGAGAUUACACCAAAAGUUAUAAGGGAAGACAAAGCAAACCAGCCGGUGGUUUCAAGGCAACAUUAAAGGAAGGAGAUUUGUUCAUCAUCCCAAGUGGCUGGAUCCACGCAGUGUAUACGCCGGAAGACUCAGUAGUCAUAGGAGGUAAUUUUUUGCUGCUAAAUAGUCUUGAGAUGCAUCUUAAAAUCAAUGACAUUGAGAAAAAGACCAGAGUACCAAGUAAGUUCAGGUUCCCCAUGUUCAACAAGGUGUUAUGGCUCACAAGCUGGUACUAUUUCAACAAUCAAGAUGCCUUCAUCGAAGAUAUAGAGUCUACACCGAUCAAACAGGAAAACGAUAUUCCAGAAAUACAUCACCCCAAAGCUUACAAUAUCUUAAACAAACUCAUUGAUCAACUUAGCGACCAUCUUGAACGCAGCAAAACAAACGCAGCUGCAAAACGCUCCGUUCCUACCAACCUAAUAGGUAAGAACGUCCCCGAGUAUUUAAGUAAACUCACUGAAUGGUGCAAACUGUUGUCUUGAGACCAAAAAUACACUAACAAAACAAAAAAAAAAAAAAGAGGGAAAAAAAAAUAAAUAUAACGGUCGCAACCAAGGAAAGUCGGUUCGAACAAAUGGCCGAUGAAGCAAUCGGC